AUGUAUAUUAAUAGAUUGGAUAUGGGAGCGAGGCAGGAGACGACAUUCGCUGCCACUCCCUGGGGAGGCCAGGAGCACACGACCAGACGGCUGCCAGCAAGUCCCGCUGCGCUCACUGUACGAAACGCCACCUUCACCGACAGCCUCCGUCAAGCACAUCGCAACUCAUCGGCGUGCGCUGAGCGCGACGCGCCUGCGGCCACCUCUCUCUGCCAGUGUGAGGACUCAACCCCACGCGACGGAGACGCACGUCGACGCGUCUUAUCAGAGGACUUUCAUUUCCUGAGGGUGGCCCAGCUGCACUCAACGCUCAGGAAACUGGCCACCGCAGGACGGCGGACGAGGCUGACGAAUGUGGCAAGAGCAAUUGAAUUACUGGAGAAACUGCAAGAAUCUGGAGAGGUACCAGUACACAAGCUACAGUCCCUAAAGAAAGUGCUGCAGAGUGAGUUUUGUACAGCUAUCAGAGAGGUGUAUCAAUAUAUGCAUGAAACCAUAACUGUUAAUGGCUGCCCCGAAUUCCGAGCCAGGGCCACUGCAAAGGCAACAGUUGCUGCUUUUGCUGCAAGUGAAGGCCAUUCACACCCGCGAGUGGUGGAGCUGCCAAAGACUGAUGAAGGCCUGGGCUUUAACGUGAUGGGAGGAAAAGAACAAAAUUCCCCUAUUUAUAUUUCUCGCAUCAUUCCUGGAGGAGUGGCAGAAAGGCAUGGAGGGCUCAAACGGGGAGACCAGCUACUUUCUGUUAAUGGAGUGAGCGUGGAAGGAGAACACCAUGAAAAAGCAGUGGAGCUCCUAAAGGCAGCUAAGGAUAGCGUAAAGCUGGUGGUACGCUACACUCCCAAGGUGCUGGAGGAGAUGGAGGCUCGUUUCGAAAAACUGAGAACAGCACGACGCCGACAACAGCAGCAAUUGCUCAUUCAGCAACAGCAACAGCAGCAAACUACACAGCAAAAUCAUAUGUCGUAGGUUAUUCUCAAGGAAAAAAAAAGCAUAGAUCAAGAGUUCUGUAAUCAAGCAAUUGGAGCUGUGCUUCAGUAUUCCAGCAAAAGGAAACAACCACAGGAACAUGGAACAGAAUUCAUCUGGAGAAUGUGCAGUAUAAGAAUAACUUAGUAAGAGAGCCAUAUAGAGGGUACCUUCAUUAUAAGCCUUUUCAAAACACUACAGUCACAUAUACACGGCUGUGACUAUUCCUAGUGAGAACAACAUGGUAAGUAAACACUCUAAGACAGAAGUCCAGGGCUUCCAGUAAUUCUGUUUGAUCUAAUCUUGCACUCCUUACUCUGUAAAAUUGGCCAAUUGGCUUUCUGUAGUCAGUGCAAGUUUCAUUUAAGGAGAUCAAGAUUGGCUGCUUUUGGGGAUGGAACCUUUCUCUGCAGUUAUCUCCAGAGAUGAACAGCUACAUCAGUUCAAAAUUUUGCCACAGAUAUCAAAUUCAUGUAUCACACUUCAUUGCCACUUUGUACUAUAUAUUGUAGAGUUGUUUUAACCUAACUUCCCGUUUAUAAUUUUCAAUUUUUCGCUCUGAAAAUAGCAAUUUACUAUAUUUAUAAAGUAUUCCAUUUGUAGAAGCAAUUGGCUUUUUACUCUUGGUGUUUCCAUAUAUUUUAUUACGCAUCAACAGAGUGAGAAAGUUUUAGGUCAGUUUUAAUUUUAUUAGUAGUAAAGUGAGGGAAUCCUAGAACUGUAUUUUUAAAUGUAGGUAUUGCUUGUAUCUAUUAUAGCUACUAUUCAGAAGUCUAUAACUGGAUAUAUUAUAUAUUUAUUCCAUAAAAUAUAUAUUGUCAGAAUGUACCUGUUAGAGAAGUAGGGUCUUUGCUUAGCAUGUAUUGCAAAUGUAGUAAGCUAAUGUUAGCAAAAGACCGACCUUUGUUUGACAGAUAUUCCUGUGAUAGCAUAAUCUCAGCUUUUCUGUAUUACUUAAUUUAUUUUCCAGUCUAACGUUGAUAUAUUUUAGAGAAGAGGAAGUGUAAGUUGUUUCUUUUAAGACUGACACGUUACCGUAUAAAUCAGUUUGAAGUUACAGUUCUGAACUUUCUUUUAGUCAAACCAAAUUGGAGUGUAAAAACAAAAUAUAUAAUUAAGCUCUUAAGUUUACAUGUCUGCUUUUCCAAAGAAAAUAGUCAAAACUGGAAGGCUAUAAAUAUCAUCUGCUUUUAAGUGAUCAGAAACACUGAAGCCCCACAUUCUGAUAAGUAAUCGCUUAAGGCAUGUGUCUUCUGUGCUACGUUAGAGAAAAACAGAUGGGAAAAUAGCGUAGGGUAGAACCCUACAAUCCUUGCAUAUUGAAAACUCUGGCUGAUGUCUGUGAAAGUUUAGCAAUAUGAGGAACGUAGAAACGCUCUGAACCAAUGUUCCAGUUGUGAACAAAAUCAGAAAUAACAACAAAUAAUUCCCUCUGCAAAUAUUUUCAACAGAAAUUCCUUUCAAUUUUUUGAAGGAUCUAUUCUCAAAAUAGAGGCAAAGCACAGCAGGGGAAAAUAUCAGUAUCAUGGCAUAGGUUAAAAAAAACAAUGUACGGUUUAGCCACCAGUCUUGACAGUGUUUGUAUAGUAUAAGUAAGUAGCCACUGAAAGGAAAUCAUCAUAUUUUUAAAACUGAAUGGCAUAAAUACUCCCAGAGAAGACUCAUUUUAUACAGAGAAGCAAUUCUAUCCACUGUUUUUUGGCAACAAUAUCAGUUAAGACAGUGGGGCUUCAACACUGCCAGAAUUAAAGAUGGAAUAUAUUGUAUUGUGCUCUA